GAAAAAUGGCAAAUGAUCGUUUAGAUAUAGUAAUAUUUGGCGCCACUGGACAUACUGGAAAAUAUGUAGUGAAAAAUGCAACUCAUAUGUAUAAGGAUCAGAAAAUGAAGUUCGGUAUUGCUGGUCGUAGGAAAGAAGCUUUAGACGCAGUUGUUAAGGAAUUUGCCUCAGAUAUUGUGGAUGUGCCUAUUAUUCUGGCUGAUGUAAAAGAUGAGGAAUCUCUCAAGAAAAUGACAGAGCGAGCAAAGAUACUUGUCAAUUGUUGUGGUCCAUACAGAUUUUAUGGAGAAUCCGUUAUCAAAACAUGCAUUGCUACUCGUACUCAUUAUGUUGAUGUCACUGCUGAAGAACAGUUUAGGAUUGAUCCAUUUGGCCCGCUUACGCCCGGAAGUAUGCUGCAUCGAAGCGAUGUUUCUGAAGGAUGGUCCUUACCAUUUCCGAGUAUCGAUCGUUCAGUAACUCUUCGUACACAGCGAUUCUUAUAUGAGAAGUAUAAAAAGAGACCUGCGCAAGUUCAAUUUUAUGUUACAUUGAAAUAUUUCUUCGAAUUCCUGAUGAUGGCCACUAUCGCUAUGUUUAUGUUCGUUUUGUCUCGCACAGCAUGCGGUCGUAAUUUAUACCCAACUCUGUUUUCACUUGGUAUCGUUAGUUCGAAUCUGGAAAUGCUGAAACCAACAUAGUUUUCUGUUACGUUUAAUGCUAGUGGAUGGACUGAAAAAUUGGCUGAACCUACCGAUAAACACACAGAUCCACCUAAUAAAAAAGUAAUCACUAGAAUGUCUAGUGAUUCUCCCGGAUAUGAGUUGACUAGCAUCGCAAUGAUCUUAUCGGCAAUAACAAUCCUUAACGAAACUGAUAAAAUGCCUGACAACGGAGGAGUACUUACUCCCGGUGCUGCAUUCGGUAAAACAUAUCUAAUCGACAAAUUGAUAAAACGUAAUAUUAAAUUCGAGAUGAUAUCGUCUACGGAAAAAUAAAGAUAAGAAAAUUAUAUAUAAUU